AUGGUGUAUGGCCAACAACCUCCUUCUCAACAGUUCAAAGAACUCAUAAUAGACUUCAGGAGAAAGAAGACCGAGAUCCCACCCUUAAUGAUCAGCAGGGAGUGUGUGGAAAGGGUGGCAGACUUCCACUUCCUGGGAAUCCACAGAGGAGAGUCUAUCCUCUACUGUACAGCGGCUCAGAGGAGCACUCUAAAGGGUCAUAAACACCACACAAAAGAUUGUGACCUACACAGCUCCCGCUGUCACAAAAGAGCACAGAACAUUAUAAAAGACGCAUCACACCCCGGCCCCAGUUUGAACUGUUACCUUCAGGCAGACGAGGGCACACCUUUGGGACCUCUUAACCACACUAAUGACACAGCAUACACAAAGCCAAAUAUUGAAAUCUUUAAGAUGUGCAUUUAUUUUGUUAUCUUGGCCAUAGGUGUCAUUGGAAAUGGACUUGUCAUCUUUGUGACCGGCUACAAAAUGAAGAGGACAGUCAACUCCAUUUGGUUUCUCAACUUGGCAAUUGCAGACAUCCUUUACAUUUUGUUCUUGGUUUGCAAAGUGUUUGUGAUUUUUUCAAACUACACCUGGCCAUUUGGUAACUUCAUGUGUAAAUGUGUUUUCUUUGCGAGGAAUUUAAAUAUGUCUGCAAGUGUUUUCUUUCUGACAGUUAUCAGUGUGGAUCGAUGUCUGUGCACAUGGUUUGUUGUUUGGGCUCAGAACAAACGAAUUUUAGUCAAAGCCAGAAUCAUCAGUGUAUUUGUGUGGAUUUUAGCCAUCUGCUGCAGCAUCCCUUCUAUCUAUAUCUCUCACUGGAUAUGGACAUAUAAGGGAAUUAAAUGUGUCUACACUGUUGACAAAGAAACAGUCACAGCCAAGUUUGUGGUGGGAUUUCUAAUUCCAUUCUUAAUCAUUGUAUCUUCAUACAUAGCUAUAAGUGUUCGGGUGAAACGUAUGAAAAGAGGAAAGCAGCUUCGGCCUUACCGGAUCAUAUCUGUGAUUCUGGCUUUUUUCAUAUGCUGCUUUCCUUAUCAUGUACAUAGUUUGUGUUUAAUAAAUGCAGUGAAGUAUAACUGGAGUUCCGCUAGAGAGAAACUUAAUGCUGCAUUUCCUUUUGUAGACUGUCUGGUUUAUGUAAACAGUUGUCUGAACCCCAUUCUCUAUGUGUUCAUGUGUGAUGAGUAUAAGAAGAAACUUAAAAAGUCUCUCUUGCUGGUGUUUGAGGGGGCUUUUACUGAAGAGCAUUUGAGAUCAACUCCACUUCCUCAAAACUCUCAGUGUCAGCAGGUACUACGUGUUCAGACAGAAGAAACAACCAUCUGA